GGUGGGCGGGGCCCGGCCAGCCGAGGGGUUAUAAUGCCACCCGAGCCAGGCGCGCGGCUGCCGCGGCUCGGUACCCGAUCCUCACGGCCAUGGGCGGAAAGAAAGUUUGCAUCGUGGGCUCCGGCAACUGGGGUUCAGCUAUUGCCAAGAUUGUGGGAAGUAAUGCAGCCAGACUGGAUACGUUUGAUACCACUGUGAACAUGUGGGUGUUUGAAGAGGAGAUUGCUGGCCAGAAGCUCACCGAGAUCAUCAAUACGCAGCAUGAGAACGUCAAGUAUUUGCCCGGCCAUAAACUUCCACCCAAUGUGGUGGCAGUGCCCGAUGUGUUAAAAGCUUCCGCUGAUGCAGACAUCCUCAUUUUUGUGGUGCCCCACCAAUUCAUUGGGAAGCUCUGUGAGCAGAUGAAGGGACAUACCAAGAAAGAAGCAAUAGGCAUCUCGCUCAUCAAGGGUGUGGACGAAGGUCCUGAUGGGCUGAAGCUGAUCUCAGACAUCAUCCGUGAGCUGCUAGGCAUUGAAAUGAGUGUGCUGAUGGGAGCCAACAUUGCCAAUGAGGUGGCAGAGGAGAAGUUCUGUGAGACCACCAUUGGCUGCAGGAACCUAGAGCAUGGACAGGUUCUGAAGGAACUGAUGCAGACACCCAACUUCCGAAUCACAGUGGUGCAGGAAGCAGACACAGUAGAGCUCUGUGGUGCCCUCAAGAAUGUGGUGGCUGUUGGAGCUGGGUUCUGUGAUGGGUUGGGCUUUGGAGACAACACCAAGGCAGCUGUCAUCCGUCUGGGCCUGAUGGAGAUGAUUGCCUUUGCCAAGCUCUUUUGCAAGGGCCCCGUCACUUCUUCCACCUUCCUAGAAAGCUGUGGGAUUGCUGACCUGAUUACCACCUGCUAUGGAGGCCGUAACCGUAAAGUAGCUGAGGCUUUUGCCAAGACUGGCAAGUCUAUCGAGCAACUGGAGAAUGAGAUGCUCAAUGGGCAGAAACUACAGGGUCCUCAGACAUCAGCAGAGCUGCAUCACAUUCUGAAGCACAGGAAUCUGGUAGACAAAUUCCCACUCUUCACCGCUGUCUAUGAGGUCUGCUAUAAAAACAAACCUGUUUCUGAGUUUAUUACGUGUCUUCAGGACCACCCUGAACACUUGUGACUGCCCUUAACCUCACUCCAGCAUGGAGAAGAAAGAUCUCUCCCCACCAGCUUCACUGCUGCCACCUCAACAAGGGAAAGCAACCGACAGUCCAAAGCAAAGCAUGCUUGCGAGGCACCCAAUGCUCCCCAGCAGUAGAGCUCUUGGAACAAAGGAGGAGAUUCCCGCCCUUUACCAGGCCCGCCUUCACUAUCUGCUGAAUUGUCUAGGCUGACAAUUCUGCCUGUCCCAUUAGGUCUCUGUUCUUGUUAGAAUAGAACCCCUCCUUCUUCCUAUAAUAUCCACAGCAGCCAAAGCUUCAGCUUUUAUCUUCUCUCUUAAAGAGGCGUUUCCUUGCCCUGCCUCAUCUCUGCUCCAUUUCUCUGACUUGAAUUUAAAUUAUCUGGCUGAGGGUUCAAACUGGAUUCUUGAUAGUUUUACUUGGCUAAAGAGCCUGUCAAAACCAUGGAGUAAAUGCUUAUCUUCCCUCUCAGAUCAGAAGUACCAGACAUAUUUAACACUAGAAGCUAAUUCCAGGGUCCUUUUCUCAAGACAAGGCAAGAUCUCAGCAUUCUUGAUAUCCAUGGGUAUGGGAAUGCUAGUCAGGAUUGUGAAUAUUGUUAUUUUGAAGAAUAAAUCUUAAAAUGAGACAUGUUUGAUUCCUGACCUCUGGACUAUAUACAGGCCACGACUGAAGAGAUGAUACUGAAAUCUCAGCAGCAUGGAUUUUUAAAAAGGGAAAGAGAAAAAAUCAACACAGAAGGAAAAUUUCAGCACUAGAAUGGUAGUUCAUCUUUAUACAGGCGCUUAAAGUGACUUUUACAUGUGAAGUGAGAAAGUGAAGGAGAGGCAUUUGUAAUGCAGAUGAGGGUUCUGACAAGUAAACUGCUGUCCUCUUCAGUCGUCAUGUGGAAAUAGCCUUAAAAUGCAUGUUCAGAGGCUGAGAUCACAUACACAGACACCCCUUUAGGAAUGUCAAAGGCAUGAUAUUAAACACAGCAAGAGUUG